AUGCCGUCGGCAGCCAACCUAGCCAACAAGGAACUUCGGUUCGCACUCCUGUCCCUCUUCCCCUCUGCAGACCUGAAGUUGGUGAGCGAGGCCGCGCGAUGCGGCGACCUGGACGUGGCCACUGACUUCCUCCGGAACGCGCUGUCGGAGCGCGACGCCGGCGCCGCCGCGUCUGUGGACGGGGUGGACCUUCCUCCCUGCGAGGCGUCGGGCAAGGGAGGCAGCGAGACAUCGGCCACGAGGGAUGCAGAAAAGGACGCGGCGGACGCGGCGGACGCGGCGGCCAAGCUUGCUGCCCUUGCAUUGGCCGAGCUUGAGGUUCCAGCGGAUGCACUCAAGGCAGCAGAGCUGGAGGCCGCGCUGAAAGCUGCCAAGUCAGAGGCUCCUGCCCACGGUGGUUACAAGCCGAAGAAUGGGUCGCUGUCUCAGGACGGCUGGGAGAUCAAGUGCCACGUGGACCUGGACAAGACCUGCCAGUCCUUGCGGACUCUAGAGUCAGAGAAGAAGCAGACGGCCGUCGAUACCAUUCUGAAGCAGGUAGGCACUGACAACACAGCUGCCUUUGCAGCUGUGUGCUUUGAGAGGAUGCUGCAGCGGGAGCAGCAGAUGGACGAGGAGUGCUGCGUCUUCUACCAUCACUACAACAGCGCCUCCCUUCUUUACGAAGUACAGGCCGAGAUCGCAAGGCACGCCUUCAAGCUGCCCGACACCUUCGCCCCAUUACCCCGCAUCUUUGCUGGACACUUCAACGAAGCGACGAUUUCGAAGCUGAUUGCUGCCUUUGACACCCGGGGCACGCUCAAGGGCCAGGACCACGACCCUUGGUUCCGUUCCUUGGCCAUCUCGGCCUCGCCCACGCUUUUUGCCUUCGGUUCUGAGGCGCCGCCUCUGACCUGCUUUCGGCAGGGCUACGGCUGCACGGACCUCUCCUUUAAGGGCCUGCUGACGGACAUGCUGCAGGAGGCCUGCGCGGUGUCGAAGGAGACGGCCGCCGCGCUCACUGCCAAGCUUGCGGAAGUGGGCGCAGACUUCGGGCUGCAAGUCUCGGGAUACGGCCACGCUGGCAACAGCACCGUGAAGCGCCUGGGGGGCCAGAUGCUGCAAAUCUUCAUCCGCAAGAUACCCGGCUUUCAUGCAGAGAAAGCCCUUUUCUGGAGGACUUUGCCUUUGCAGGUUCUUUUUCGAGCCUGUCUUUGGUGCGAGAGAUGUUAUGACUUGAAGCAGUCACUUGUCAUUGCUGAGGCAGCAUGUGGCUGA